ACCGCUGCUCAAACUGUCGUGAGCGCUGUGUUCACGAAGCUUCCGAGAAUCAUGUAAUUAUUUCUUGAAGAACAGUGGAGUGAGUGAUCGAUACAGUGAGUGACGCGCUUCUGAAACGGUCGACUGUUAUUUAAAGCGCUCUGGAGAGAUUCACUGUCAUGACUGACUUUAACUUCAUCUCUAGAUGAAACUGAUGUCCAGUGAGUGAAGAUGAGCUGCACUGUGCUGGUCACUGGAGGAGCGGGAUUCAUCGGAUCUCAUCUGAUCACGGCUCUGGCCGAGAGAUUCCCACACUGGCGAGUCAUCAACGUUGAUAACCUGCAGCGCUGCUCGAGUCUGAAGAACCUGCGGUCCGUCGAGGGCAGCGGCCGCUACACCUUCAUCCCGGGGGAUGUUUGCAAUCCAUUUUUCAUAAACCAUCUCUUUUCAACGGAAAACAUCGAUAUUGUGUUUCACUGUGCUGCUGAAACUCAUGUGGAGAGCUCGUUCCUGUGUCCGUCACACUUCAUGCGUGUGAACGCGGACGGCACCGGCGUUCUGGUCCGAGCGGCGCUGGAGGCGCGAGUCCGGCGCUUCAUCUACGUCAGCACCGAUGAGGUGUACGGAGACAGUCUGGACCAGCCGUUUGAUGAACUGAGUCCACAAAGACCCACCAAUCCGUACUCGGCUUCAAAAGCUGCGGCUGAAAACAUCGUCAUGUCCUACUGGAUCAAGCACAAGUUCCCCGUUGUGAUCACGAGGAGCAGUAACGUUUAUGGACCGCGGCAGUAUCAUGAGAAGGUACGAGAGCAGCAGGCACCACAUGACUGUGACGUUAUUCACUGUUUUAACACUGUGUUUGUGUUUGAUCAGGUCAUUCCCAGAUUCCUGUCACUCAUUCAACAGGAGCAGAAAUGCACUAUCCAGGGCUCAGGCCUUCAGUCCAGACACUUCCUGUACGUCAGCGACGUCACAGACGCCUUCCUGACGGUGAUGGAGAAGGGCAUUCUGGGGGAGAUUUACAACAUUGGGAGCAGCUUUGAAAUUCCCAUCAUUCAGUUGGCCAGAGAACUAGUGAAAAUGAAAGUGAAGAAUGUCUCGUGUGAAACGCUGGAUGAUUGGAUGGAGUUUGUUGAAGACCGUCCCGUGACGGAGCUCCGGUAUCCCAUGAUAUCCGAGAAACUGCACAGACUCGGAUGGAGACCAAAAGUCACGUGGAAGGAAGGAAUCAGAUGGACCAUAAAGUGGUAUGAAGAGAAUCCAAACUACUGGCCGUUAAUCAGUGAAAAUCCAGACAACUCUGCAGAAUCAUGUGAUCAGACGCCCCCACAUUCAGUGCCUUAUGAAGUCAGAUAAUAAAGUCUAUUAAUUAACAACGUACUGUAAUAUUUAAGUCUAAUUGUUUAUUAUAUGUUAUCUAUGCAAGAUUGUCCAGCAAGUGUCAGUCUGUGAAGAACAUCAAGAAUCUGUUUCACAGGAUUAAAGAGGACCAAAACUUAAACAAGAUUUUAAACUGUUUUUAAAGCUCAUUUGGAAUGAAAACUGUGUGUCACAAGCUCAGCUGUGCUCAGCUUGUUGAUUAUGAAAGAAAAACUUCAUUUCUAUGAUUACAUGUAUGUAAACUGUCUUCGAUCAUAUUUAUGCUUUAAUAAAAAGAUGUUUGAACAGG